CGCGGGUAACGUUGACGUCCGGUCCCCCUCGGUUUCACAGGUCUGUUGAGUCUUUUAAGUUUAGUACUACUGGGAAAUGGAUAGGGUGGGAGGUGCGUCAGGCGGACAGUGUUUAUAAGACCUAAGAAUCACCUGCUAGGGGUUACAUUUAUUUCCCGAUCGCGAUGAUGAUGAAGACGCUGGGGGUGUUGGUUGUCGUAGCCCUUUCCUGGGGGGCGGCCUCGGCUGAGUCACUGGGAACUGUGUUCACGGAGGGAGGCCUGGUGGAGGGAACCAACAUCCGCCUGGGAUACCGUCGCCACAUGGAUGUCUUCAAGGGAAUUCCCUUCGCAGCUAUACCUGGAAGGUUUGAGAAACCCAGGAGACACCCUGGAUGGGAUGGCGUUCUGAAGGCCACAGAGUUCAUGAAGAGAUGUCUGCAGCUGAAUCUUCUCCAGACCGGCACUCGAGGCAGCGAAGACUGUCUCUAUCUCAACAUCUGGGUCCCUCACGGCAGAGAGGUGUCCACUGGACUGCCGGUUAUGGUGUGGAUCUAUGGAGGGGGUUUCCUGGUGGGGGGCUCCAUGGGGGCAAACUUCCUCGACAACUACCUGUACAGCGGGCAGGAGAUCGCCGACAGGGGGGACGUGAUCGUAGUCACCAUAGGAUACCGUGUGGGCGCCCUGGGCUACCUCAGCACUGGAGACUCAAGUCUACCAGGUAACUACGGUAUGUGGGACCAGCAGGCUGCUAUCGCCUGGGUCCACAGGAACAUCCACUCCUUCGGAGGAGACCCCGACAACGUCACCCUCUUCGGGGAGUCGGCUGGUGCAGCCAGUGUUAGCUUACAGACUCUGAGUCCCCACAACAAGGGGCUCUUUAAACGGGCCAUCUCCCAGAGUGGUGUUGCCCUGUGCCCUUGGGCAGUCAACAGAAACCCCCGCCCGGUUGCCGAGUCGGUGGCUCGGAAGGUCAAUUGCCCUACUGAUGAAACAAUGGCGUCAUGUCUGAAGAUGACGGAUCCGGUGGCCCUCACCAUGGCUGGCAACAUGCCCUAUACCAGUUCCCCUGACAGUCCACUAUUGAACAACCUGGUCCUGGCAGCCAGCAUCGAUGGGGACUUCCUCCCAGAUGACCCCGGUAACUUGUUCAACAACACUGCUGACAUCGAUUACCUCGCUGGUGUCAACAACAUGGACGGGCACCUCUUCACGGGACUGGACAUUCCCUCCAUCAACCGCCCGCUGGUGGACACCAAAGUGGAGGAUUUGAGGGCCCUUCUGGGCGCCUACACCAAAGUCAAGGGGAAGGCGGGUCAGGAGGCUGCCUUCUCUCAGUACACCACCGGCUGGGGAGCCAAUCCUAGCAAGGAGACGGUCAAGAUGACGGUAGUGGACAUCGGAACGGACUACAUCUUCCUGAUCCCCACCCAGGCUGCUCUCUAUCUCCACGCCUCCCACGCCAAGUCUGGCCGUACCUACUCCUACCUGUUCUCAGAGCCCAACCGCCUGGGCGGUCUGGCUAAACCUUACCCCAGUUGGAUGGGAGCAGACCAUACUGACGACCUGCAGUUCGUGUUUGGGAAACCCUUCAGCAGUUGGCUGGGCUACUGGCCUAGCCACCGUGACCUUUCUGGCUACAUGAUUGCCUACUGGACCAACUUUGCCAAGACCGGAGACCCCAAUAAAGGACUGAAAGUGCCAACAACCUGGCCCAAGUUCACCACUAGCGGACACCAGUUUCUGGAGAUCAACGCCAAAAUGAACAAAGACAAUGUGAGGCAGAAGAUGAGAAUGCGCUUUGUGCAUUUCUGGACCAGUGUUCUCCCCAGUCUUCAGUCAGUGAAGAUGUAUGAGUAACCAUUGUAUCCCCUGUACUGCAAGUACUCCAAUAAUCAAGGUGUUUAUGAAGAUGAUACUUUGAUGGGAUUUGAUUGUAUUUUGGAGGAAAUAAAAAUUAAGCAAAAAUGUGUCAUAAUGUUGUUGAAAGGCCUGGCCUACUCUGCCCAAUCAUUCUUCAUGGAAAAAAUGCAAAUAAAAAUAUUUUCCAC